UUCCCCUGAGCCGUGCUGCCGUCACCCACGAACACCGUAGCAUGAGGAUCCUGUUCGCCUUCCUGUUGGUUGCCUUCGUCGCAGCAGAGCAGAAGCGCGAGGCCGACCCCGGUCACUUCGGCCUCGGUCACGGCUUCGGUCUCCUCGGCCAUGGCCACCUCGGUCACGGGUUCGGGUACGGCCCGGCCAUAGCACACCACCCCUAUCACGGCCACUCGUCCAUACAGUCCUAUAACCACCUUCUCUACAAGCGCGACGCCGACCCGGGUUUUUCACAUCACGGAUUCGGACACGGGCUGGGCCAUGGGUUCUUUGGACACGGCUUCGGUUUAGGAUAUGGCCACGGCUACGGCUACGGGCCCGGCAUUGCCUAUCAUCCCUAUCACGGCCGUUCCUUCGUGCAGACACACCACAUCGGCAAACGGGACGCCGAUCCUGGUUUCCUUCACGGACAUGGCUUCGGGCAUGGAUUUGGGCAUGGGCUUGGCUUCGGAUUUGGGCAUGGUUUAGGUCUGGGGUAUGGCCAUGGCUACGGCUACGGUCCAGGCAUCGCAUAUCAUCCCUACCACGGGCACUCCUACGUCCAAACACACCACAUCGGAAAGCGAGAGGCUGACCCUGGCUUCCCGAUUCACGGCCAUGGAUUCGGACAUGGCCUAGGCUUUGGUCACGGCCUUGGCUUCGGCUUCGGGCAUGGGCAUGGCUUCGGAUUUGGACAUGGUCUAAGUCUGGGGUAUGGCCAUGGCUACGGCUACGGUCCAGGCAUCGCCCACCACCCUUACCACGGCCACUCGUUCGUCCAGACGCACCACAUCGGAAAGCGAAGCGCUGACCCCGGCUUCGUACACCCUGGCUACGGCUUGGGGCACGUCUAUCACUAUGGCCAAGGGUUCGGUCACGGUGCCUUGUUCGGCUACAGAACCAGCGUCUCUCAUCCAGGACAUGGCCAUUCCUUCCAGCACAGGCACGGCGUGGUUUACCCAUAUUACGGAUAGUAGUGAAUAGUGUUAUCGCAUAUAUAUCAAUAAAAUAAAAUAUC